AGGACAGGGAGAAAAAGGACAGUUCCCGUGAUGCCUGGAUGCCAGACUACACUUCCCAUGAUGUCUUAGGAAGAGGGUGUCCGAUAGAAAGACUGCAAGUCCCAUCAUGCUCUCGGCGGGAGGGUAGCGGAGGCUGAACCGGAAGACCCUAGCUGGGUUUUUAGGAAGCGGAGAGACAGGUUUUGAACCAGCAAAAGUCCACUAUGAAACUGUAUUGCCUGUCUGGGCAUCCAACCUUGCCAUGCAAUGUACUUAAAUUUAAAUCAACCACUAUUAUGUUGGACUGUGGACUGGACAUGACUUCCACCCUCAAUUUUCUUCCUCUGCCACUGGUUCAAAGUCCCAGGCUGUCUAACCUUCCUGGCUGGUCCCUAAAGGAUGGAAGUGCUUUUUUGGACAAGGAGCUAAAGGAGUGUUCGGGUCACGUAUUCGUGGAUUCUGUCCCUGAAUUCUGCUUACCAGAGACCGAGCUCAUAGAUCUGUCUACGGUGGAUGUGAUCCUCAUCUCUAACUACCACUGCAUGAUGGCACUUCCCUACAUCACAGAGCACACUGGUUUCACAGGCACGGUGUACGCUACAGAGCCCACUGUCCAGAUUGGCAGACUUCUUAUGGAAGAGCUGGUGAAUUUCAUUGAAAGAGUCCCCAAAGCUCAGUCUGCCUCCUUGUGGAAGAACAAAGAUAUUCAGCGACUGUUGCCUUCUCCUCUCAAGGAUGCAGUGGAAGUGUCAACCUGGAGAAGAUGUUACAGCAUGCAAGAGGUGAACUCUGCCCUCAGUAAGAUCCAGCUAGUGGGAUAUUCACAGAAAAUUGAGCUUUUUGGGGCAGUGCAGGUGACUCCUCUGAGCUCUGGCUAUGCACUUGGAAGCUCCAACUGGAUUAUCCAAUCCCAUUAUGAAAAGGUGUCAUAUGUCUCCGGAUCCUCCUUACUUACUACACACCCCCAGCCUAUGGACCAGGCUUCUCUCAAAAACAGUGAUGUUCUCCUCCUGACUGGCCUCACCCAGAUCCCCACUGCCAACCCAGACGGCAUGGUGGGCGAGUUCUGCAGCAACCUGGCACUCACAGUCCGCAAUGGAGGAAACGUGUUGGUUCCCUGCUACCCUUCUGGAGUGAUCUAUGACCUCCUGGAAUGCCUCUAUCAAUACAUCGACUCUGCCGGCCUCUCUAACAUCCCAUUCUACUUCAUCUCCCCUGUGGCUAACAGCUCUCUGGAAUUCUCCCAGAUCUUUGCUGAGUGGCUUUGUCACAACAAACAGAGUAAAGUGUAUCUCCCAGAACCGCCUUUUCCACAUGCAGAGCUCAUUCAGACCAACAAGCUGAAGCACUACCCCAGCAUUCACGGAGACUUCAGCAACGAUUUCAAACAGCCGUGUGUGGUAUUCACGGGGCACCCUUCUCUCCGCUUCGGGGAUGUGGUCCAUUUCAUGGAGCUCUGGGGGAAAUCCAGUCUCAACACUGUCAUCUUCACAGAACCUGACUUCUCCUACCUCGAAGCUCUGGCCCCCUACCAGCCCUUGGCCAUGAAAUGCAUCUACUGCCCCAUAGACACGAGGCUGAACUUCAUCCAGGUGUCAAAGCUGCUAAAAGAAGUGCAGCCUCUCCACGUGGUGUGUCCAGAGCAGUACACGCAGCCACCCCCCACACAGUCACACAGGAUGGAUCUGAUGGUUGAUUGCCAGCCGCCCGCCAUGUCGUACCGACGGGCUGAGGUGCUAGCCCUGCCCUUCAAGCGUCGGUAUGAGAAGAUCGAGAUCAUGCCUGAGCUCGCAGAUUCCCUGGUGCCCAUGGAGAUCAAGCCUGGUAUUUCCUUAGCGACCGUCUCAGCAGUGCUGCACACCAAGGACAAUAAGCACAUUCUGCAGCCCCCACCCAGGCCAGUCCAGCCCACCAGUGGUAAGAAGAGGAAGCAGCGAGCGACCGAUGACAUCCCAGACUGCAAGGUCCUGAAGCCCUUGCUCAGCGGCUCCAUCCCAGUGGAGCAGUUUGUGCAGACACUGGAGAAGCAUGGUUUCAGUGACAUCAAGGUGGAGGACACGGCCAAGGGCCACAUUGUCCUGCUCCAGGAGGCCGAGACCCUCAUCCAGAUAGAGGAAGACUCAACCCACAUCAUUUGUGACAAUGAUGAGAUGCUCCGGGUUCGACUCCGGGAUCUGGUCCUCAAAUUCCUUCAGAAGUUCUGAGGAGCUUGUCAGAGCCACUUCUCUAAACCCUGUCACCCCUGGCAGCACCUCUCCAGCUGAAGAGUCUGUGUGGGCUGCUAGCAGAAGGGGAAAGUCACUCCAUGUGGAGGGACCUCACCUGGACUCCAGUGGACAGUCUGUCCCAGUGCUGUUCAGGCAAGAACUUUUCCCUUCACACUUUAGAUUCAUUUCUUCCCAACUCCACUUCUCGAGUAACUAAGUGGUAAGAGAGUGAGCUGAGGACUUAAGAGCGGCAGAAGCAGCUUUCACAGAGCUGCAUGACAGUGUCAGAUGAUGACUAGCAUACAGUCAAGUAAUUUCUCAUGGUUUCAUGGGCCUCUGAUUUACUUGUCUACAGUAAUAUACUUAAUAAGAAAGGCAUUUCCCACAAAUUAUUAAAUGAACCUAUCUAUGUGUACUUUAUAUUAUGAGCCCAUUUUGUGAAUAAAACUUAUUUUUUAUAGACAUUA